AACAAUCACCGUUAGUCUGAACUUCCAACCGCCGAUCUCCAAAACAGCAAAACAAAAUUCCAAAGCACCGUCUCGAUUCCAACUCCACUCUUAUCUGGUUUUCUUGAGGGAACAUGACGGUGUUUCACUUCUUCAAUUGUGCAAUUUUAACGUUCGGCCCUCACGCCGUUUACUACUCCGCUACUCCCUUGUCCGAGUAUGAUACGCUUGGGACUUCCAUCAAAGCUGCUGUCGUUUAUCUUGGAACAACUCUCAUAAAGCUUGUUUGUCUGGCAACAUUUCUUAAAGUAUCGGAGAGUGAUAGUUUUGAUCCAUAUCAGGAAUUAUUGAAAGCUUUAAUUGGGUUUAUAGAUGUUGCUGGGCUUUAUUUUGCCUUGACGCAACUGACCCACAGGAACAUAUCUCAAAAUCACAAGUUUCAGGCUGUUGGACUAGGGUGGGCUUUUGCUGAUUCUGUUCUUCAUAGGUUGGCACCCCUUUGGGUAGGUGCUAGAGGUUUAGAGUUCACAUGGGACUACAUUUUGCAAGGACUAGAAGCAAAUGCAAAUUUGGUUUUGAGUAUAUCACUUGCUGCUUUGGGGUCUUUGAUGUGGCUUCGGAAGAACAAGCCCAAGACAUUGAUCCCUAUCAUAUACACGUGUGCAGGGAUUGUUGCGACAAUGCCAUCAAUAACGAGCUACUUGAGGCGAGGUUUGGGAUGGCAGUUACCGAAAGUAGUAGGCUUUGAACUUUUCACCUCUUUGGUGAUGGCUUUUAUCAGCUGGCAGCUCUUUGCUGCAUGUCAGAGGCCAUCGAGCUAAGCAACAGCGAAUUUACAGAUGAGGAAAUGGGCUAGUUCUCUGUGGUACAAGUAUUCUUAAUGAUUGCCUUUUUCUUUCGAGGCUGGCUUAGGAAUAUAAAGGCGUUGUAUCUUUCUCUUGUGGAAUUUCAUGUCCCAAGGGAUUUUGGAUUAUGCAUUUGCAAAAUUUUGCAGCGAUAUGCAAUUUAGGGGGUCCUUUUCCAACAAUCACUUUGCAGUUUACAUGUGCGGUUGAUGGAUCUUUCAUUCCAAAAUGACUUGAAUGCUCCAUCGCUUUUUUAUGUA